AUGGAAGUGGUGGUGCAAAGUCCUAGUAGUCCCACUAUGGAUACUUUCGAUUUCGGUGGUGCCAUUAGUUCCUCAUAUCUAAGUGCUCCUUCUUCACCAAAACGUUUUGGUGAAUACAAUUACUUAAGCGCUCCCGCGAGUCCAUCUAGAUUCUCCCAAUUAUAUAGUGAAUUUGAUUACUUUUCCUCAACAACCCCAAUUGAAGCAGCCGCAGCUGAUGAUGAUGAUAAUGGUGAUGGUUUCGCGUUUUAUGUCAAUCGUGAAUCAGACAACUCCUCUCGCUCAGCUGAAGAGCUCUUCGAUGGUGGCAAAAUCAAGCCUUUGAACGAUUCUUCCGGCGACCCUUCUGCUGAACAAAGAAGAGGGAGAGAAAGAGAUAGAACUUCGACAACAACGUUGUCAUCAUCGAACUCGGGUCGUAGGGUCACGCGAUCACACUCUCCUUUUAGAAAAUCAUCACCGCGCUACACGUCGGAAUUAGAAGAACACCACCGCCAACAACAACCUAGGAGCAACAAAGAGGAGACAACAACAACAACCACCUCGUCCUCUAAUUCCGGAGCUUCACUUUCAUCAAGUUCUUCGAAGGGAUCAAGAAGGUGGUGGCUGAGGGAUUUUUUGUUGUUCCGUAGUGCCUCCGAAGGAAGAGGGUCAAGUAAGGAUCCAUUGAAGAAGUACUAUAAGAAGAAUGAAGAAGUUAAGGGGUCGAGCUUUAGAUCCUCGGAUUCAUCUUCACCACAUGGGUCGAGAAGAAGGGGACACGUUUCGGCACACGAAUUGCACUAUGCCAUGAAGAAAGCGGAGUCUGCGGAUAUGAAGAAGAGAACUUACUUGCCAUACAAACAGGGGAUUCUGGGCAGGUUGGCUGGAUUUGGACUCUGACAUGAUGAUGAUGAUGAAAAAUUUUCUUGGAUCUUUGUCCAGUUGUUCUUUUUGUCUUUUGGUUGAAAAGUUGUAUUCUUUUGUUUUAAAAAAAAUGCACUAGCCCUCGACGACUCGACGAGGGUUUCUGCUGUAAUUGUAUUAUAAACAGAAUCAUUUGUCCUUAUGCUUCUAGUGUGAUUAUUAUGUAUGACAUUGACACAUGAUAUGAGUAAAAUAUCACCACGAUGAAUUUUAAUUGAAAAAAUAUAUU